UGAAAAUUGAGCCUGUGCAAUUUUCUGAAUAAUUUUUUACAUCACGAGAUUCAGAGAAUAAACAGAAAACACCGAAUAGAUCUUUCUUCUGCUUGCCGAAUUUUUCGAAGAAAAUUGUCUCGACAUCCGAAACCAAAGGAGCAGUCGAAUUUGGCGCAAGCGCAGCAUUCGCGAAAAGUGCAUUCUCUCAUACACUCUUGCGGUUCUUGCUAAUAAUUCCGCCAGUCCAUUCGCGAAUUUUACCGAAUCCGUUUCGUUCGCACGAAACCCGUUCAAUUCUGUCUCUUCUUUCCUGCGCCGUCUUAUUGUGCAACAAGGAUCAGGCAAAUAAAUUCGAGUGUAUCUUCGUUUUGUAAAAGAAGGACUUUUCGUAAAAUUUCAUUGCUACGAGUGAGAUCGUCGCAUCGACGGUAUCGAGAAAUUGCAACAAAGCGAGCGAAAUUUAUAGUUUCCCCGAAGAAGCCAUUCGAGUUUGCAAUGCCAAGGUUGAGAUGAGAACCGGCAAGAGGAAAAAUAAGUCGGAGACACGGCUAACGUCAUCCCGACUUCGAAAGGAGCGAGAAAAGUUCGUCGCAAGGCUCUCAAGUUAUUACCGAUAAUUCGCCGAUGCAUCGGUAUUGUAUUCCUCUUCAUUUUCGCAAAGAUGCUGGAAUACUGGUGGAUGACGAGCAACGAGACCGGGCAGCGCAACCGCAGCGGCGACGGCGACGUCACGAUCGAGGAGAUGCUGCAGGAUCCGGGAUCGGUGGUCCUCUUCGUCGACUAUCCACGGUGGCUGCUGUUCUUCGCCGCCGCCUGUUGCAUCCUCUUCAUGCUGAUCGGCAUCCCGGGAAAUCUUAUCACCGUGAUCGCAUUGUUUCGCACCAAAAAGCUAAAAAACGCCACCGCGGUCUUCAUCAUGAAUCUCUCGAUAUCAGACUUGAUGUUUUGCUGCUUUAAUCUACCACUCGCAACUUCAACGUUCUGGCAUAGGUCGUGGUUGCACGGACCACUUCUGUGUCGACUGUUUCCGCUCUUGAGAUACGGCCUCGUUGCAGUCAGCCUCUUCAGCGUUCUCGCGAUCACAAUCAAUCGCUACGUCAUGAUCGGUCAUCCCGGUCUCUAUCCUACGUUGUACAAAACAAAGUACCUAAUACCGAUGGUUAUGGCCAUAUGGAUCGUCGCUUUUGGCCUGUUAAUCGUCACUUGGUUCGAACGAUUUGGACGUUUCGGAUUAGAUCCCGCUGUCGGAUCUUGUUCGAUUCUUCCGGACGUAAACGGACGGAGCCCAAAGGAGUUCCUUUUCGUCCUCGCGUUUUUAAUACCCUGUCUCGCUAUCGUCAUUUGCUACGCCAGGAUUUUCUACAUUGUUCGCAAAACUGCUUCGAAGAGCAGAGGCAGAAAGAAAAUCUGCAACAUAGAACCUACGGAAACCAGCCACGAGCAACCAUCUACUAUGAGAAAUCAGGAGCAAGAGCUCUCUGUCCUCUGUCCUCCUUCUUCAUCAAUGCAAGGAAUUCUUAAUUCAAGCGAAAGAAGGGAUCUCCAGCUACCAUUUAUAUCCACCAACGAAGACUCGUCGUGGUCUAAACAACCGAUCAACGAUCUCAUCGACGAUCAACAAGAAACGAAUUGUACGUCAAAUACGCGUACAGACGACUCAACGACGAAUAUCGAUCCCGAUGCGAGCUCCAAUAACGAUUACGACGCUUCUCACGCCAGUCUAUCGGAGAAUAUACCGUUCGUGGACGAUCGCGAGAUCGAGAGAUCGGACUUUGCAGAAACGAGGUUGUUCCUGAACCGGAACCAAUGCGAGUCGUUGCAGCGAAAGUCGUUGGGAAGUCCCUGCGGCCGACUGGGAAGGCUGACCGGUCGGGCGUCCUUCAUGGUGGAGUCCUCGCUGCAGAGGAUCACCGGUGGCGAACGCUCGGACCAACUAGAUUCGAAGCUGCCCGAAAUUAGCGAGUCCAACGCGAGGAAGGCAUUUCGCAGGCAAUCGAAGUUUCGGAGCAUCGGCAGGAUGCGCAACGGCGGCGAGUACGCCGCGCCCAGGAUGUCCACCAAGGACCGGAAGCUGCUGAAGAUGAUCCUCGUGAUAUUCGCGUCGUUUCUGGUGUGCUACCUGCCGAUUACCGUCACGAAGCUCUUUCAGAGCACGGUCGACUGGCGGGGCCUCAACAUUGCCGGUUACAUACUCAUUUAUCUGACGACCUGCAUCAAUCCUGUUAUCUACGUCGUGAUGAGCUCCGAGUACAGGAGCGCGUAUAAAUACGUAUUGCUGUGUAAAGGUUGAACGAGGGACGGGCAAGAGGAGAUUGCUGGGACUGAUGGCACCCAACUGCGAAUGAUAUGAGUAAUUACGAAAAUAAUCGUGAAUGUAUGAAAAAUGCGUAAUUUAUACUUGUUAUAUAGAAUUUUUAUCUAUCGACGCUUGUUGACGUGUUUCUUUUUGUGAAAUAAUAUCGUCUUCGAAGAUCAAUAGAGCGUGAAGUUCAGUGAUUUGUUGUUAAAAUAAACGCGUGGAUGUCUAGUCUUCCAGUUUUAGUAGUUUAAAAAUUUAUUAAUUUUAUUUAUUUCAACAAAAUAUUAGAUAGAAUUAGAUAGCAUUAUUUCUUUAAUGGUAUUUGCUAGUUUUAUUCGCUUUACGUGUAGUGGAAUGAUGGUACUCUCUAAAUCGAAAAUCAGUGUACUAUUCACUGAAAAACAGAAAUAGUCUGAUUUCAGCAACUUACAGCUAUAUUAAUUAACUAUACUAAUUAGAUAUAUGCACUGUCUUUCAAUGGCAAUACAUUGAUUUCAAUUUGCAAGAGUAUCCCCUGUCUAAUUCCCCAGAGAAACAUUAUUAUAUAUUUAAAUUAAUGAAAUAGUUUCUUUAACUUGGUUUUUCGUUUAAGUUAAGAAGUGAAAAUACCUAUGAAGAAAAUAAAAA